AUGAAAUAAAAACUUUAUAAAUGGAUCACUCUUGACGACAUAGAACAAGGAGAUAUUUCCAUUUAUCUUUAAUUAUAUCAAUAAUAACCUAAAAAUUAUGGAGAAUGGCAAACCAUUUAAGGUACUGAUAUCUUGACCAAGAAUAAGAAACAAAUUGAACUAUCAUAUCAUUAGCCUAUUGUAAAUUAUUCAAUUUAUUCAAUUAUUGGAGUAGCAUAUUAUGAUGAUAAAGAUAAUUGUUUAAAAAUUAUAAUAGAACAUUUAAAUGAAUUAUUUGACUUUGACAUUGAAUUGCAUCAAUAUACAUAUGAAUAAAUACAAAAAUUAACUAAAUAAUAAUGA